AUGCGCGACGAUAGCGAAAAUGAAAUUUUAGCUGACAUGCCUGUUUAUUUAGUCAUGGGCCUUUCAACUGGUCCCGUAAAUCCGAGUGGUAAGGGGAAACGAUUAAUAGUCGUUCAUAUUGGCUCUGAAGAUGGAUUCGUUCCUGGAGGAUUAUUGUCGUUCGAGUCGAAAAAGAACACUAGUGACUAUCAUGACGAAAUGAAUGGGCAAAGUUUCCGUGAUUGGUUACUAUGUGUUUUGCCGAAAUUAAAAGAUAACGCGGUAAUCGUUAUGGAUAACGCUCCUUACCAUUCGGUAAAAUUAGAGAAAUGUCCAACAACAAAUUGGAAGAAAGCGAACAUUAUUGAAUGGCUUCAAAGCAAAGGGGAGGUAAUUGAUAGCACUAUGAUUAUACCAGAAUUAUUGGAUAUUGUGAAACAACUAAAACCAUUGUACGACAAAUACGAAAUCGAUGAACUAGUUUCACAACACAAUAAAACAGUGCUACGAUUACCUCCAUACCACUGCGAACUCAAUCCGAUUGAAAUGGCUUGGUCGGUAAUCAAAAACCACGUAAAAUCGAAUAACAAGACUUUCAAGCUUAAAGAUGUCCAAAAGCUCUUGAUUGAAGGCGUAAAUAAAGUCACUGAAGAAAUGUGGAGAAAUUUUAUAAGCCACACUGAAAAUGAAGAGGACAAAUUUUGGAACAUCGAUAUGAUUGUGGACGAGUUAAUGGCUGAACGACAAGAUUUA